AUGCCCGCCGUUCCUCACCUCGACCUCAACCUAUCUCAUCUUGUCGCCGGCAGGGCCACGGAAAGUCCCGCACCCGAACUCCAAUCCGUAAUCUGUGCUUUUCCUUUGUCGGGGCAAUACGGGCCGGGAUCAAGGAUAUUAUACUACAUCCUAGUGGCAGCCUGUGUGCUCGCUCGAAAGACGGAAUGGCUUCGAAACGCUUGUUUGGCAGCCGCCCUCAUCUUUCCCGCCACUGCUGCAAUCCAUGGGAUUGUUCUUGCGGCAUUGCAUUUGGAUGAUGCGGUGGACAUGGACAUUUACGGCGCUUUCCAGUUCUGCGCCAUCGGAAUUCUGACCGCGCCGGCGACGGUCAGACUGUCUAGAACAUAUUUCAAUAACCCCGGAAGAAAUGUUUUGUUCCUAUGGACGAUGCUGAUUGCUUCUAACAAUCUUUCCGUUUGCACAGGACUGCUAGCAUUGACCGUCGAGUUCUUCCGCGCCCACUCAAACCCAUGCACCGACAAUGGCUCCGGCCAGCCUCUCUAUCGUGGCUCCUUGUUCCCCUACGGCCACACGACCUGCGGCCUGACCUGUUCAGCCGAGGACGGCCCCUACAGCCCUAUGAGGGACGGCUCGGCUGACAAUGUCUAUGUCGUCCCAACACCACGCGUCCUAACUUUCGGCGCCGCCACGCUUGUUGCUGCUGCAUGCUGCAUCCCUGGCAUCUUGUCCAUGGUCUCCCUCUGGGACAAGAUUCUUAGGACGAAUUUCGUGAAGCAAUUUGGCGACCCUGAUGCGAAUAAGUUGAUCGAUGGGACCAACGGGGCUACAGAGGGUGGCAUGAAGAAUAUCAAUGAGGUGAUUAGAGGGCUCCUCAGCCGUGUGGAAAUCCCUGUGUUUGGAGGCGCCGUCCUCGCUCUCAUCAUUGUCGGCGAACUAAAUUUCUGGAGCGAGCCCGUCAGAUACGAAACCGAGCCUAUUGCUAAUGUUGGUCAAUGGUCCAACAUCGCGGCGUCUGUGUUUGCGGCAUGCGGGUCGCUUUACAUGCUUUUAGCGGAGAGUCUUGAGACAGCAGACAACGAAUUUGAAGGAAUCGUGGCGUGUCCUAGCCGGUCCUGCCACUGCACAUGUCACGAACGCGGCAGCAAUCAUCCAGGUUCUUUAAGCGAUCGUGUCGAGACUGCAGAGAGUACACGAUCCCCGCAACGAACAACCACCCUCGACACUAUGCCGGACACUCAGUCACACGGGGAGGACCAUGGCCACGGUCUCGGUAUUACAAGAAUAGAUUCUGGCGGUUCCUCCAGCACGGGAAAUCAGCAAAAGGGGUGGAUGAGAAUUGCGACGGCGCUUGGAACUGCGUCACCUGGUCGGUACGACGACCGAGACUUUCGAGAGGGGAAGGCUACCGGUUUCCCCGAGAUUCCAGGAGAAGUAACCCGGAAUCCCAACCUUAACAAGAUCAAGGAACAGUGGGGACAGCCAAGCCUAGAUGGCGACGACGCCCACACAAUCCGAGGGCGACGAUCCAGAGCCAACAGUUUCAACAGUGUCUCCCGGCCAAGUUCCAUAGGUCCACGACCACGCUCGCCACAACCCCCUAUAACGCCGCAGCCUCCCAGCGCAUCAUUCCUAGGGUUGCCGACGACGACUAGCCCGGAAACCAGCACCGAAACAACCUUCCCUUCGCGGCCUUCGACUGAACUGGAGAAAACAAAGUCCUCGGGCACUGUUGUCACACUACAUGAAGGGCCCAACUCGCCGGCCAUUGUGCUCUCGUCAGAAGAAGAGCCCAGUGAACCUUCUGACCCGGGCGCGGCAACUCCACCUGCCACUGAACAGCUGCCGCCUUAA